AGUCUUGUUUCAUUUUGUACUUAGUUAUAGUAUUAUUGAAGCUAGCCAACUCAAAAUUUGUGAACAAUGUGUAUAGCUUUGUUUCUUUGGCAAUCUCAUCCACUUUAUCCUUUUCUUCUUUUGAAUAAUAGAGAUGAAUAUCACAAUAGGCCUACAAAGAAAGUGUCAUGGUGGGAAGAAUGUGAUAUAGUGGGAGGAAGGGAUGAAAUAGGAGGAGGGACAUGGUUGGCUUGUUCUUCACAAGGAAAAGUGGCUUUUCUUACCAAUGUUUUGGAGCUUCAUACUUGCCCUGAGGCCAAAACUCGUGGAGACCUACCCCUCAUGUUUCUCAAGAGCAGCAAGAAUCCCAAAGAAUUUGCAGAAAGCUUAAAAAGAGAAGCUCAAUAUUACAAUGGAUUCAAUUUAGUCAUUGCUGAUAUUAAUUCCAAAUCCAUGGUAUACAUAUCAAAUAGACCCAAGGGACAGCCAAUUACUGUCCAAGAGGUUCCUCCUGGUCUACAUGUACUUUCAAAUGCUAAGUUAAAUUCACCAUGGCAUAAGGCUCAGCGCCUUCAAUUUAGAUUCAAAGAGCAUCUUGCUAAAAAUGGGGAAGGUGAGAUACAUGUAAAGGAAGUAAUUAAAAAGCUAAUGAAGGACAAAAUUAAAGCAGACAAAAGCAUGCUACCUAAUAUAUGCUCACUUGAUUGGGAAUUCAAUCUUAGCUCCAUUUUUGUUGAAGUAGAAACACCACUGGGUGUAUAUGGCACUAGGAGUAGUGCUGCUUUAACCGUAAGAUCAAGUGGGAAAGUAAGCUUUUAUGAAGAUUAUUUAGAUGAUGACAACGUGUGGAAGGAUCAUGUUAUUGAUUUCCAUAUCCAAAAGAAGUUGAAGUUGAAGUAGACAAGAGUUAGGACUAUUAGAACUCUUGAAGCAUUCCUCAACAAGUAAUAACACAUUGAUUUGUUUUCUUAUGCUUAGUUGUCUUUCAUAUAUGAGGAUGAGGAUGGUAUAUCAUGUGGAUUGAUCCUUUCUCUUCACAUUUAUAUAUUUGUAUUCCAUAAAUGUGUCGUUAAUUAGCACAAAGUGUAUGAAAAACUAAUAACUAAAUAAACUUGAUGAUCUAUUUAUAAUAAA